AUCCAUCCAGCUCUGAAAUAUACCUUCCACCAAGCAACUUCUACCUGUUUCGUCACCCCCAGCUCUCCAUACGCCAUCUUGUCUGAAGCAGAAUCUACAAGAGGAGAGGACAGGUUACUCUGUGUCCCACAGACAUGGAUAGGAUUUUGGUUGUUCACCUCAGUUAGCAUGUAUCGACAUGUAUCAGGUGGAGGUGCUCAGGAUUCCAACAUGGCCGCAGUAGAUGGUGAGCAGCACUUCCAAGGAACUGAGUGCAACUCAAACAACUCGCCCUGGCACCAAGAGCAGACUGAAUUCCUGGACAUGCACACACUCAUCCUAAACUUUUAGAGAACUCUGCAUUUAACUCCUCAGUUCUGAGCAAUGGCAGAUAAGGAGCUCGCCAGAGUGCGCACCAAUUUUGUGGCAAAGGUGUCAAAAGCUGUAAUCAAGCAGCUCCUGGACGAUCUUUUGGAGGAUCGUUUGUUGAAUGAUGGGGAGGUAGAUUCUGUGCUCGAGGACAACACUGGUAGGGCAGACAUGGCUCGCUGCCUCAUCGACACAGUAAAAAGAAAGGGGGACAAAGCCAGCAGGAAGAUGAUUAAACACAUUGAAAACAGAGAUUCUGCACUUUACGCUGAACUUGAGCUGUCCUCUGGUCCAAAACCAGUUGCAGCUCCUAAGAAGCAGAAAACCUGGUCAGACAAACUAGUCCCCAUGACGGAUUCCUCGCGGCAGGAAAAAAUGAAUGAUUCAGAUAUUUACAAGGUGUCCGAAACUUCCCUAAAAAGUCGUGUUGCUCUCUUAAUCACCAAUAGAAAUUUUACUGACAAUAACUUAACCAGAAAGGGAGCGGAGAAAGAUGAGGAGAACAUGGAGGAACUUCUCAGUUCCCUGCAAUAUGAGGUGGUGAAACACAAUGACCUUACUGCAAAGAAUAUAGAAAAGGCUCUGCAAGAAUUUACCACACAUCCCAAACUAAAAGACACAGACAGCGUGUUUGUGGUGAUCAUGUCCCACGGGAAAAGAGGAGUCAUCCUUGGAGUCGAUCACAGAAAGGAUAAACCGGAUGAAUUCCCUGUCGACACAAUCUACAAACUUCUAGGUCCACAAAAAUGCUCUGCACUGAUGGACAAACCCAAGAUCAUCAUCAUCCAGGCCUGCAGAGGAGCUACGGGUGGAGCUGUGAUUGUUAGCGACAGCGUCGAAGCCGAGGUGGUGUCUGAUGAGGAACGGCAGGCGCCGCCCCCUCGAGCAGGCCAAAUCGUUGAGGAUUCCAUGCGAUAUGUUCACAAAGAAAAGGAUUUCAUUUCACUCCUGUCAAGCACGCCUGAUACCGUCUCAUACAGAAGAGAGGAUCUGGGCUCCUUCCUCAUACAGUACAUCGCUGAAGUCUUCAACACUUGCUCCCAUGAGGAUGAUAUCGAUGAACUUUUCAGAAAAGUCAUGCAACGCUUCGAAGAGUUUCCUGAUGAAACCAAAAGACAAAUGCCAACAAAGGAUAGAUGCACCCUAACCAGGCGCUUCUAUCUUUUCCCCGGCCACUGAGACAGAAACGUUUGGUAACUUUUGAGCUGACAAUGCUAUCCUUACUGUCACUUUUUAAAAUGUACACACAUGCUCUGUUUGUGAUUUUAAUAGUGGCCUUUAGGCAAAAUGAUUUGUACUCAGUCAGACCCUUAACCAAGCCCCUGUUCCUCAAGGAAAUUAGGAACUUUUUUUGAAGUGCAUAAACCCUUUAUAGCUUGAUACGGGUAAUUGCGAGGAAACUUUACAUUUAAACAAAGGAAAACUUUUUGGCUGUUUUAAAAAAAUAAAAAGUCAGGCUUUCAAUUUUACUUUGCAUCACAAUUGAUACGUUAGACCAAAGAAUAUAUUUUCUUCAUGUUUUCUGCAUUUUUAUAUAAGGUGUAUAAAAUAUGUUCAUUUGUAUGUUGUAAAUUGAAUGUUUAGGAAAAUACUGCCUUUGGUUAAGAGGUAGAGAUCUCAGAAAUAUUUGUAUCAGAAAUUCUAUAUUUGGAGUCAUAGGGAUAUGAGAAAAUUAUUCAAAUAUUCCAAGACAACAAGUCUUAUUUCCUGGACUUUACCUGGAACAGAUUAAUGCUAAUCUUGGACCUUUAAGAAACUAAGAGAAAAAGGUUUUCCCAGGAAAUACUAUUUGUCAAAUGUAAUAUGAAUCACAUGUAUUUCCAUUGGUAUGUUUUGAGUCUUUAACAUCUCAGUUGAAUCUCCUUUCUUUGCAUUUCAAUGGUAAGGCCUGUGUGACAUGGAUGUGAAAGAAAAUCAUAUUGGUUGAUCUCUGUCUCGUCUGAUUGCACAAUGACUCCAAAGUUUCUUUAGGAAAUUAAAACAACCCAACUCCCUGUCAUUUGUUUUGUGAAGAAAACAAAGUUUCUAAAUGUUCAUGUUUAUUUUAUUUCUCUUUGAGUCAGAAGAAGAUCAAAAUUGCCUAAAAGUAGAAGCGUAAUAGACAAUACACCCUGACCGUCUUGUCUAUCGGUAGAGUUCCCUCUGUGAAUGACUAAUAAUGUGAACCAGAAGGCUUACCAGAUGUUAAAAACAUCUCCAUCUUCUUUUUUUUUUGGAGAACUACACUUAGUCAUUGCUAGCAGGGAAAAAGACCAUCGCUAUACACGUAUGCUUCCGCGUUUCAAUUUUUCUUUGCAAUUUCUUCCAAACAUCCCUUGGACAUUUUAAGGUUUAAAGCAUUAGGUUUUUGUGCUCUGAGCCUGUGAGCAAGAACCAUGACCCUUUUACUGAUGACCCAAACUGUUGGAGACGGUCACACCCUGUUUCAUCCUCCAUCAACCAGAGGCGGAUGAGGUUGUGUGGCCCUGGGCUGUUGGGCUCAGUGUGACCAGAUUUUACACAGAUUUGAGGGCGAAACAGUGUGACCCCUGAGUAGGCUUGGGUCUAAAACUCCAACUCUUCGCAGGACUAGAACCGGAUUGGUGCACAGCCAAGUAAAGCAUGCUGCACCUCAGGACCAUUACUAUCUGAAGUCAUGGAGAGAACAGGGCCCAAAUUAAGCUCUACCUAAAACGAGACAUUUUAGAGCUUGAGGUCAUAACUUGUUUUGCAAAAUUAACCUAGAAAUGUUCAUUUAUUGAUUGACCUCAGAGGCUGCUUGACUAAUAAUAGUUAAAACAAAAUCCUGCAUUAAGGUGGUCAGAUACCUCUCCUAUUAUGCUGAUGACUUGCAUAUUUCCUAGCCACAUUAUGAGUGCAGUCUAGAUUAAUGUUAUUCUAUUUUUCUGGGUAUUUUCUUUUCCCGUUUGAUGUGUUAAACUGUAUACUCCUUUUGUUUUUGUAACCUGCAUCUAAUUUGGACAACUGAAAGUCAUCCUCCUUUGAAAUAAUUUCCAUCAGAAUCUACCUCCCUCUCUGAGAAGUUUGUCAGUCUUUGCAUAACUUUAAACUGGCAAGAAAAAUUGUUUAUCAUUUGAAUUCUUUGUGAUUUUCUUAAUUGCAGUCACUAAAACAUGCUGAGGACCCUUAAGAAAAUCAAUCUGAGGUUUUAAUUAUCAUGUAAAAUGAUUCUGAGUGUUCUGCUAUGAGUCUCUUCCUUUACUAUAUGUAGCUAUACGUAUAUUACAUUGUGACUACAUCAUUUAAUAACUCCAAGUUGCAUAGGCUAUAUGUUUAUAGCUUUUCAGUUGUUGGUGGAGGGGAGCUUAAACAUCUAUUUGAUUUAUGGUUUCUGCCCUCAGAAGUCUGUUCCUGCUGUGGUCAUAAUAAAGUACAAAAGAAAAUUGAAGAAAAGGUUGGUCUGU